AAAGAAAAGGGUUGGCUGACACGGAAGGAAUGGAACAGGAGGGAGAGAAGAAGAGUAAAAUGUUCUUCCAGAUCAAACGUUAUACCAUAUAAACACAUAUUUACAACAGUUUUCAGGUAGCAAAGUUGGAGGCCACCGACAUGACCAAACAGAAAGCGCCAAGGAGGGUGAUUCACUUUGCUAAUGGAGAUACUCUGGAUGAGUAUAGCACUGAUGAAGAAGAGGACACUCAGCAGGAACUUAAGAAGACCUCAAUUGAAACAUCUAAACUCUCAUGGGGGCCAUAUUUUUGGUUUCGUAUGGCACAAUUUACCAGGAUGACAUUACAUACCUGUGAUUAUCUAGGAGAAAGAGUGACAAAUCUCUUGGGACUUAAUUCGCCAAAAUACCAGUAUGCUAUUGAUGAAUACUACCGAACUCAAAACGAGGAAUCAGAAGAUGAAGAUGGGGAGGAAGUCACAGAGAUGCAGGAGUGUAGCCAGUCUCAGGAAAAGCAACACCUUCCUCUCCAGAAUGUCGAAUAUGGUACAAUACACCAGAACACUUCCGUGGAAGAAAUCAAUGAAGUUGCACAGCAUGGAAUUCAGAACACCGGCUAUGCAGAAGAAUAAAGGAGAUGUCAUCCUGGAAAUCUAAAACAUUCUGUAUAUGAAGUGCUGAAUGUACUUUGCCCUUUUUACUUCCUUUAGAUGUAAACCAUUUGGAAGCUGUCAGAAGUGAUAAUCAAUUGCAAUGUUGCAAUGUGAUGAUGAUUACAUACAUUAUAGGCAGCUUUUGGGUGGCUUUACAGACCUACAGAACAGUUUUGAUGCACAUGAAUCAAACCUUGACCAGAAUUACUGUUCAGAGCUGAUCAUGUUAGUACAGUAUAUGAGAUUUAGUUUUGAUUGGCAGAGAAUGGGAGUAACCAGCUACCAAAUGUUGCCAUCUUAAUCAGAUAUCUUAAAAAGACCAGAAAAGUGUGUAUAUUUCAUUACCUUAGCUCACCAGCUCGUGUCAAUAGUGUUUGUAACAGAGGUGUGCCAUGUGAAACAGCCUUAUAUGUUACUUUAGCUGGUUCACAAGUUGGUUAUGCUUUUUAAAAGUCUGAUUUUAGAUUAUUCUAUGCUAAAAACCAAUGCAUCAAGGAACCAGGGAUAAAGUGAUCCAAUUAAAGCUGAUGUUUGAAAUCCUAAAAGGUAGGCUCCAAGAAGGAAAUGACUGGGUUUUUUAAAGUGACGGGAACCCUUAAGGCAGCCCAUGUUAAUGAGGUGACUAUAUUUAAAGAACACAUUGUAUUUAUAUAACAAAUCUAAAUAAACAACUGCAAUGCAUUGAUUAGAUGAAACGACAAAGGAGAAUAGAUUUCAUUCUAGUUUUACUGUCUCUGAAUGUGUUUAUAGAAUAUAAAUAAACUAAGUCUAAAUAAUGUGUUUUAAGAUAGUAAAAACAACAGAAAAACACAGAUUUUGUUGCAUGCAGAACUCCUAGAGAAAUGUGCCAGGAUUGAUUACCUCAGAGUAGGCCUUGACCAAAUGAAAACAAAGAGGUUAAGAGGCUUGGAGACUGUACAAAAAAGUAAUUAGUUCACUCCCUUUCUUGUUCAGCGGUAAACUGUGAGGCUUCAAAUAUUCAAAUUAUAUACAUUCAAAUAGUGAAAACCAUUUAUCAUCAUUGGCCCACACAGCUUUUCUCAAACUUGAAUUUAACUAGAGUUACAGGGGGAAAAAAUGUGUCAUCAUGUUCAUAUUUUUUUAAAUGCAGUGAGGGACCAGAGUUUCUAGGCUGCUGUUCAACUGCAUUAAUAAUUUAGCUUCCCUGUUCUUGGUUCUGUACUGGGAAAAAUGUUGAAUAGUUUAUUUACUUCAUUUUUAGACAAUUUCCAGUAAGCACAAUUACAAUAUGGAUCAAGAAAGCUAUGCACCAGACCUUUGAAAUUAAAGUAGAGCCUUUUAGCUUGUCGG